AUGAACUUUCGAGUUCUCUUGUCACUGUCCUCCCCCAAGUUCGAUACUUUCUCCUUGCUACGUCGUUUAAGUUUCUCCACCGACUUGAGUCAGCGAAUUUCGACCAAUCAUGAUCGGAUACACAACAGUCUCCUCGAAAUAUGUUUGGAGCAAUGCAAACUAUUCAAGAGCCGCAAGAUGUUCGACGAAAUGCCUCAGAGAGUUUUACACGCCUUAAAAAUCGGCAAAGCUGUACAUUCCCGGAGCUUGACACUCGGAAUCGAUUCACAAGGGAGAUUAGGUAACGCCAUUGUGGAUUUAUACGCCAAGUGUAAGGAAACGGCUUAUGCUGAGAAGAUUUUCGACUCUCUUGAAAAGGAUGUAAUGGCCUGGAACUCGAUGUUAUCGAUGUAUUCCAGCAUGGGGUUACCAAGAAAGGUCUUGAGGAGUUUCGUGUCGUUGUUUGAAGAUUUGGUGUUUCCAAAUAAGUUUACUUUUUCGAUUGUUUUAUCAACGUGUGCUAGGGAGACUAAUGUAGAGUUUGGGAGACAGAUACAUUGUUGUAUGAUAAAGACUGGUUUUGAAAGAAACUCGUAUUGUGGAGGGGCUUUGGUUGAUAUGUAUGCUAAGUGUGACUUUAUAGGUGAUGCUAGACGAGUUUUCGAUGGGGUAGUGGAGCCUAAUACAGUUUGCUGGACAUGUUUGUUUUCUGGCUAUGUCAAGGCUGGUUUGCCAGAGGAAGCAGUCAUAGUUUUUGAAAAGAUGAGGGAUGAAGGUCAUCGUCCUGACCAUCUAGCUUUUGUGACUGUUAUAAAUACUUACAUCAGUUUAGGGAAGCUGAAGGAAGCACGUAUGUUGUUUAGGGAGAUGCCGAGUCCUGAUGUGGUAGCGUGGAAUGUAAUGAUAUCAGGGCAUGGGAAGCGAGGAUGUGAGAUGGUAGCUGUUGAGUACUUUCUCAGUAUGAGGAAAUCUGGUGUUAAGUCCACUCGUUCUACACUUGGAAGCGUUUUAAGUGCUAUUGGAGUUGUAGCGAAUCUUGAUCUAGGUUUGGUAGUUCAUGCGGAAGCUAUUAAACAAGGGCUUGCCUGUAAUAUAUAUGUUGGGAGUUCUUUGGUCAGCAUGUACUCGAAGUGUGAGAAAAUGGAGGAUGCUGCGAAAGUUUUUGAAGCUUUGGAGGAGAGAAAUGACGUCUUGUGGAAUGCCAUGAUAAGAGGUUAUGCACAUAACGGUGAGGCCCACAAGGUUAUGGAACUGUUUAUGGAUAUGAGAUACUCUUGUCAUGACGUUGACGAUUUUACAUUUACAAGCCUGUUAAGCACUUGUGCUGCAUCGCAUGAUCUGGAUAUGGGCAGCCAGUUUCACUCAGUUAUCAUCAAGAAGAAAUUAGCGGAUAACUUAUUCGUAGGAAAUGCAUUAGUAGACAUGUAUGCAAAAUGCGGAGGUCUAGAGGAUGCAAGGAAGAUUUUUGAGCGCAUGUGUGGUCGUGAUAAUGUAUCUUGGAACACAAUGAUUGGUGGUUAUGUCCAAGAUGAGAAUGAGGACGAGGCUUUUAACUUGUUCAAGAGGAUGAAUUCUUGCGGUAUGGUGUCUGAUGGAUCAUGUUUAGCUAGCACACUUAAGGCAUGUGCAAAUGUUCGUGGUCUUUACCAAGGAAAACAAGCUCAUUGCCUCUCUGUUAAGUGUGGCUUAGACACAGAUCUUCAUGCUGGUAGCUCGCUCAUUGACAUGUAUGCCAAGUGUGGGGUCAUCGAAGAUUCACGUAAAGUUAUCUCUUCUAUGCUUGAGUGGAGCGUUGUGUCGAUGAAUGCUCUCAUUGCAGGCUAUUCUCAGAACAACUUGGAAGAAGCUGUAGCUCUCUUUCGAGAAAUGCUGAACAGAGGUGUUAGCCCAUCUGAAAUCACGUUUGCCACCGUUGUUGAAGCUUGUGAUAAACCAGAAAGGUUGGCCCUAGGAACACAAUUCCAUGGUCAGGUAAUUAAGAGGGGGGCCUCAUAUGAAGGUGAAUAUCUAGGGAUUUCCCUUUUGGGCUUGUACAUGAACUCAUGUAGAAUGGUGGAGGCGUGUGUUCUUUUCUCAGAGUUGUCAAGCCCUAAGAGUAUCGUUCUUUGGACGGGGAUGAUGUCAGGGCAUAGCCAGAACGGUUUCUAUGAGGAAGCGUUGAAGUUGUACAAAGAAAUGCGUCAUGAUGGUGCUUUACCUGACCAGGCAACAUUUGUGACUGUUCUUAGAGUGUGCUCUGUUCUUUCCUCAUUAAGAGAAGGUAGAGCGGUUCAUUCUCUUACCUUCCACUUGGCUCAUGACAUGGACGAGUUAACAUCUAACACCCUAAUAGAUAUGUAUGCUAAAUGUGGGGACAUGAAAAGUUCAUCACAAGUUUUCGAUGAAAUGAAGCGUGGAAGCAACGUUGUCUCAUGGAACUCCAUGAUCAAUGGAUAUGCCAAAAAUGGUUACGCUGAAGAUGCCCUUAAGAUAUUUGAUUCCAUGAGACAAUCUCAUAUCACGCCAGAUGAAAUCACAUUCCUAGGUGUUCUUACAGCUUGUAGCCAUGCAGGGAAAGUGUCAGAAGGACGGAAGAUUUUUGAGAUGAUGAUUAGUCAAUAUGGUAUUGAAGCGCGUGUAGAUCAUGUAGCUUGUAUGGUUGAUCUUCUUGGAAGAUGGGGUUAUCUUGAAGAAGCCUACGACUUCAUAGAAUCACAAAACCUGAAACCAGAUGCAAGACUAUGGUCAUCGCUUCUUGGUGCAUGUAGGAUCCAUGGAGAUGACACUAGAGGAGAAAUAGCUGCUGAUAAGCUCAUUGAACUUGAACCACAAAACUCGUCAGCUUAUGUUCUUCUUUCGAACAUAUAUGCCUCACAGGGACGCUGGGAAAAGGUCAAUGCUUUGAGGAAAGACAUGAACGACAGAGGAGUCAGGAAGGUACCUGGAUGUAGCUGGAUUGAUGUGGGACAGAUUAAACACAUUUUUGGUGCAGGAGACAAAUCUCAUUCUGAUGUAGGCAAAAUAGAGACGUUCCUUGAAGAUAUAUAUGAUUUGGUGAAAGAUGAUGUCAUCGUCAACCAUGAUAUCAUGGAAGAUGCUUCUCUUGAUUGUAUACAAUAA